AUGUCGCAACAGUACUCGUACGGCGGCGGAGGCGGUGGUGGCUAUCCACCCCCGCAGAUGCAGCAGCCCGGCUCGUACGCUCAAGGCAACUACCAGGGCCAGCCUCAGGGAGCCCAGAACCAGUACUAUAACGGCCAUCAGCCUCAGGGCCCACCUCCUCAGCACUACUACGGCGGCGACCAGAAGCAGCCGCUCAAACCCGAGGGUUUCGAGGGCGAGCGUUUGCAGCCCAAACCCAAGUUCCGCGACCCCAUCUUCCUCGUCCUCUUCCUGCUCGUCUUCGGCGGUUUCAUCGCGGUCUCGGUCAUCUGCCUGCGCGGAUAUGCUAAUUCGGGCAUCAACGAAUCCAUCGGCCGAGGCAAUGUCGCCGGCAACACGCUCAACGGUCAGACGGCGAUCAUGUUUAUGAUCUGCUGUGCUGUUGCGCUGGUGUUUUCGUUCCUCUACAUCCUCCUCGUGCGCACCUUCCCCAAGUUUAUCUUGGAAGCUACGCUUCUGCUCACCACGCUCAGCAAUGUUGCAUUCUGCGUCUACCUCUGGAUCAAAGGCAACACGGCCGCUGCCAUUAUUUUCACGAUUUUUGCCGUAUUCAGCGUGAUUGCCUACUUUUUCAUGCGCAAACGUAUCCCGCUCGCCAAGCUCAUUCUCGUCACGGUCAUCCGCACGGCCGAGGAGUACAAGAGCGUCUACGUCGUUGCGCUUGGGGGUCUCAUCGUCGAGACCGCGUUCAGUGCGUGGACGAGCUGGGUCGUGGUCGCAGCGUACCAGCGCUUCGAGCCGUCCGGCCAGGCAGCAGGCAGCAGCUCGAGCAACGCGUCCGUCAUCGGCAUCAUGGUAUUCAUCGUAUUUGCGUACUACUGGAUCUCGGAGGUGAUCAAGAACGUCGCCUUCACCACCGUCGCGGGCAUCUUUGGCGUGGCGUACUACAACGCCAGCAAGGUCUCGCACGCUGCGUGGGGCGCGUUCAAACGCUCCACCACCUACAGUCUCGGCUCGAUCUGCUUUGGCUCGCUCAUUGUCGCCAUCCUCGAUCUGCUGCGUGCGUUGUUCAACCUGCUGCAGAACCAGGCUGCUUCGGACGGCGAUCUGGUCGGGUCCAUCCUCGCGUGUGUAGCCGGCUGCUGCGUCGCCUGCAUCCAAGGCCUGGUCGAGUACUUUAACCGCUACGCCUACAUCAACAUUGCGCUCUACGGCAACGGCUACAUCAGCGCGGCCAAGGAGACAUGGUCGCUGCUCAAGGACCGCGGCAUCGACGCACUCAUCAACGACAGCCUUGUCAACAUCGUGUUCAACUGUGGCGCUUUCAUUGUCGGUCUGCUCACCGCGCUGUUUGCGUUUAUCUACGAGCAGAAGACCAACCCGCAGUACCUGCAGAACGACGCGGGCUACUACUCGAUUGUCUUGCUGGUCGCGUUUGGGCUCGGGUUCAAUAUCGCACUCAGCGUGGGUGCCGGCAGUAUCGCGAGCGGUGUCAGCACCUACUUUGUCGCGUUGGCCGAGGACCCGUACGUGCUGCAGGGAAAGAACCCGGAACUGUUCGAGAUGAUCCGUCAGCAGUACCCACACGUCGUGCAGGCUGUCAACCACUAA